CGAAGAAUAAAAGGACCUGGACCUCUCGAGUCUCUCUAGCUCUUCUUCUGUUUCGCUGUUCCAAAAGAUCAUCGCUGUUUUAACGGUGUCUCCGUGCCGAUCAACCACUCGCCUCCAGAGCAAGACAUUCUUGCGCACUCAAAUACCCCCGCGAUAUCUUUUGCGACUUCAUAUGUUGACCUCUGUUAACUCGGCCUUCUUCAACAAAUACACACCGGCACAUUGGUACAUGUGCCGCGUCAGUUCUUAAGAACAUCAGCGAGCGACUUUGAGUCUUUGCGCUUGCUGCACCAGGAGACGAUAGAAAGACUUCAUCUGAAGAGAAUCAUUCAUCUUACUCAGUGAUUCAUUACUUUGCGAUAGGUUUACGAGAUAUUUAUACGAUACCCCUCGAAUAAACCUUCCAUCAUGUCGGCCACUCAACCCAUCGCCGUCAACACCCCCGAGAACCCCUCUGAGGGCGACUCCAAGGGUCCAACCGCCAAUGCUACCCAGGCCUCCAUCGCCACGAACGAAGAUGCCGCCGUCAGCCAGGGCAUCCACACCCUCGAGGUCAAGUCUGUCCACUGGUACAGCUACCUGACCACCGUCGACUUCUGGAUCGUCCUCGCGCUGGGCCAAGUUCUCGCGCUGUGCAUCACGGCCACCAACACCUUCACCAGCUUCCUCGCCAACGCGGGCACCAACAUCCCCGCGUUCCAGACCGUUUUCAACUACAUCCUCAUGUUCCUCAUUUACACGCCUAUCUUUCUGUGGAAGGAUGGUAUUAAGGGCUGGUGGCGCGUUGGCGUGAAGGAUGGGUGGAAGUACCUCAUCAUGGCGUUUUUGGACGUUGAGGGAAACUACUUUACGGUUUUGGCGUACCGGUACACGAACGUCUUGUCGGCGCAGCUCAUUAACUUUUGGGCUAUUGUCUGCGUUGUUGUCAUCUCGUUCUUCCUCCUCAAGGUUCGGUACAGAAUCUUUCAGAUCAUUGGUAUUGUGGUCUGCUGUGGUGGUAUGGGUAUUCUCAUCGCCAGUGAUCACAUCAGCGGUACCAAUGGCGGCAGCGGUCUUGACAUGGUCAAGGGUGAUUUGUUCGCUCUGCUCGGUGCCACUCUCUACGGUACUACCAAUGUAUUUGAGGAGUGGCUUGUGUCCAGGGCUCACUUGUACCACGUCCUGUCAUUCCUGGGCCUGUUUGGUAUGUGCAUCAACGGUGUCCAGGCUGCCAUCUUUGACCGAAACUCUUUCGAUAACGCAACCUGGAACGGUAAGGUUAUCGGCUGGAUCAUCGGCUACACUCUGUGCCUGAACAUCUUCUACAUCCUUGUACCCGUCAUGCUUCGCAUGGGAAGUGCGGCUUUCCUCAACAUCUCUUUGUUGACUGCCAACUUUUGGGGUGUCAUCAUUGGUAUCCGGGUCUUUGGCUACACCAUUCACUUCCUGUACCCCAUUGCCUUUGUUCUUAUCAUCAUUGGUCAGCUUGUCUACUUUGUCACUGGUAGCAUGCUGAGUGAUUCUAAGAAGCCUUGGUUGGGUGAUAACCAGGAGGAUGGCGUUUUGGGUUUCGGAACUGCCAAGCUCAAGGCUCUCAACGCUGCGCGUAAGGCUCAGAUGGAGGCUGAGGCUGGGCAGCAAGAUACCUACCGUUGAGUUGAAGUGUGUUUUGGAUAGGAAGUGUCGAAGUUGGAAGUGGUGUCGAAUCUGGGAUUGCCUUGGAUAGAAACCCUGUCCUCUGGGAGCAAGAAAACCUUUGGCAUUAAGCUUGGGUGCUAAAAUUAAUUCGUCUAAAGACUUGAUACAGUAUACUAAACUUGCCUAAGUCUUUUCAUCACUUAGAAAAGAGGGCCUGAGCUUUCUGGCCUCCCUAUGCCUGUAUACCUAGGUGGCUGAAUGGUAGAGUUGGAAGAUCAUGGUUGUAGUUGAAAGGUAAAAAGUUUACAUGAAAUAAUACAUAAUUUUAUCUAAAC